CUUUGAAUCUUCACGGCUACUUACAGACGUCAGUUUCGCAGCUAACAUGCAACUACGCGCACCUCAAUAGCACCAGAAACCACCAGCAACGCAUACAAGUAUACACAAACGACCCCACAAUGUCAUCCUUCGGCGUCAUCGUCUCCGGGCGCCCCGUCCUCACCGACGCGCAAAUAAUUUCGCCAACACAAGUCGCAUACCAAAUCCCCUCUACACCCUCAUUUUCGCACAUCGUUGUCUUCCUGCUCCCGGGCACAACACUGCCAGACGGCACCGCGGCCGCCGUCUACGCGCAACUACCCGGCACACCAGACUUCAAGCUGCUUGGCGCAAUCGCAAACGAGAAACCCAGCGCUAUCUUCAAAGUAAGAAAUGGAAAUGCUGCAGGCGGUGGUUUAGGCGAUGAAGAUGCCAUGGUAGAUGAAUGGGCGGCGAAUGGUGUGGCUGCGCCGCUGGCGUUGGGUAUAAGUGUCGAGCCUGCGGCUCAGGUUGCGAGUGCGCUGGAGCAGAAGAAAGCGCAGGACGUUGCCGCAUCCAAUGCUGGUGCAGGAGCAGGGAACGAGCUGGUUGUAAGAGGGCAAAGUGCGGUCAAUCAGAAGGUACUUGCGCAGAGGAUUAUUAAGAACUGCUAUGAUUUCUUGACGAGCUGGGGGAGUGGGGAUACAGUUCCGCUUAAGGCGUUUCAGGCGUGGUGGACGAAGUUUGAGGGCAAGAUUGAGAGGGACCCUGGGUUCUUGGAGAGGAGUGAUGGCGGUUGAAAGAUUUCGAAGGAGGGAAAUUGACUGAAAGAGAGACUUGUCAGGCACAAAACAAGCGCAUGUACUCGCUGCAUUCAAAGAGAGGGGAAGGACAGGAAUCGGGGCGACAAACGUGUCGCACAGCACGCAACGCGAUGGUUGGCGGACUCGUACGUCAAGUGCUGCUAUAGAGGCGCGCAUUGGACAGUUUUGCAGGAUUGAUGACGAGCCAAAUCAUCCAUCACAAGAUGACGAAUGUGCUGCGCCCCUUCUUCAGAUGUGUUCGGCGGGAUACUGCUGUUGGGAGGGUCUAGGUGUUACGAGCUUGUGGUGGCAUGUCAAUUGGAUGGGUAGGGGCAUAUUUACAGUUAAAUAAAGUGUAAUUUCACAUACGACCAUAGGA